UAGAGGUAGCUUCUCCCCGCGGUGUCAUUGCUGCAGCCUCCAGUGCCCGGUCCCUAGGUCCCCAGCCGCCGCUCUGCCCGGUGCAAAAUCGCCUGCAAAGGCAGCCGAGCCGCAGCAGAAGUUGCCGGGCAUAAGACUCGGGAGGCAUUAUUGGCUCAGUAACUUUUCACGUCAUUUUCUGCUUUGGAGCCCCUUCUGUCCUCUCCGAGCAGCCUUUGCCACCGCGAAUUAUCAGUGCUCAUGGGGCAGGGGAAGAGCAGCUUGCAGCAUUGAGCGGAACCGGACUCGAGCCCGUGAUGUCCGGCACCAAAUUGGAGGACUCACCCCCUUGUCGCAACUGGUCAUCUGCUUCGGAGCUGAAUGAAACUCAAGAGCCCUUCUUAAACCCCACCGACUAUGACGACGAGGAAUUCCUGCGGUACCUGUGGAGGGAAUACCUACACCCGAAAGAGUAUGAGUGGGUCCUGAUCGCCGGGUACAUCAUCGUGUUCGUGGUGGCUCUCAUCGGGAACGUCCUGGUUUGUGUGGCAGUGUGGAAGAACCACCACAUGAGGACAGUAACCAACUACUUCAUAGUCAACCUUUCUCUGGCUGAUGUUCUCGUGACCAUCACCUGCCUUCCAGCCACGCUGGUUGUGGACAUCACUGAAACAUGGUUCUUUGGACAGUCCCUCUGUAAAGUGAUUCCUUAUUUACAGACUGUGUCAGUGUCUGUGUCUGUGCUCACACUGAGCUGCAUUGCCUUGGAUCGCUGGUAUGCAAUCUGUCACCCUUUGAUGUUUAAGAGCACAGCCAAGCGAGCCCGGAACAGCAUCGUCAUUAUCUGGAUUGUCUCCUGCAUUAUCAUGAUUCCUCAGGCCAUUGUCAUGGAGUGCAGCACCAUGCUCCCCGGCUUAGCCAACAAAACCACCCUCUUCACAGUGUGUGAUGAGCGCUGGGGCGGUGAAAUUUACCCCAAGAUGUAUCAUAUCUGUUUCUUUCUGGUGACAUACAUGGCACCACUGUGUCUUAUGGUGUUGGCCUAUCUGCAAAUAUUUCGUAAACUCUGGUGCCGACAGAUCCCUGGAACAUCAUCUGUUGUUCAGAGAAAAUGGAAGCCCCUGCAGCCUGUUUCACAGCCUCGAGGGCCAGGACAGCAGACCAAGUCCAGGAUGAGCGCUGUGGCUGCUGAAAUAAAGCAGAUCCGAGCCAGAAGGAAAACAGCCCGGAUGCUGAUGGUUGUGCUUUUGGUGUUUGCAAUUUGCUAUCUACCAAUUAGCAUCCUCAAUGUGCUGAAGAGAGUAUUUGGGAUGUUUACCCACACCGAAGACAGAGAGACUGUCUAUGCCUGGUUUACAUUUUCACACUGGCUCGUCUAUGCCAACAGUGCUGCGAACCCAAUUAUUUAUAAUUUUCUCAGUGGAAAAUUUCGAGAGGAAUUUAAAGCUGCAUUUUCUUGCUGUUGCCUUGGAGUUCACCAUCGCAAAGAGGAUCGGCUCACCAGGGGGCGAACAAGCACGGAGAGCCGGAAGUCUCUGACCACCCAGAUCAGCAACUUUGAUAACAUAUCAAAACUCUCAGAGCAAGUUGUGCUCACCAGUAUAAGCACACUCCCAGCAGCCAAUGGAGCGGGGCCGCUUCAAAACUGGUAUCUACAACAGGGACCACCAUCAUCACUACUGUCAUCCUGGUUGGAGGUCUGAAAGAAGAGGCUGACUAUCAUUGCUGAAUUGUCACUCAAUGUCAUCUCACUCAAAGAGAUUAUGGUUUAUAAAACAAUGGUCCCUGGGUUACAAGUGCAGUGUGAAAGAAGACUGGUUUUAAAGCCCUCGUGUGCUUUAUGGCUACCUGGAUGACUUGAGUUUCUAACAAAAAAUAUCAAAUUUCUAAUUUUAUUUAAGACUAAGUUUUGCCGAAGCAGACAGUUUCUAAGUGCAUAUUGCCUGGAAGGAAAAACAAACAAACAUCAAUACGUAUGAGAUAUUGCAGGAGUGGAAUAAGAGACUGUACAUUGCUCUCAACAUGGUGAUACAGGAAUCCUAAGAGAUCUGGAUUUAAAUCCUCUUACCUUAAUGGUUACCUUAACGGAACAAAUGGUAAAGAAACAAGUGUUCCCCAAAGCUGUCAAUCUUGUGGAACAAAGGUUCAACUACUUACCUCAUUAUGUGCUAGUAACACAAAUGAGAAGACUUAUGAAAAGAAAGUGUUGUGACUGUUUUAUGCUACACAUAGAAUAUGUAUGUAUCUCUCUUUUUUAUAUUUCAAAGAUUUAAUGCAAAAUGUCAUUAAUGUUACUGAAAUUUGUUAUCAGUAGGAUGAGAUAAUAAUGUUAUCUAAUAUGAAACCCACUUUAAUUUCAUUAUUUCUGAAUUUCUACAAACUGAGGAUAAGUUUGAUAGUUGAAUUUAUUUAUUCUUGGCAAAAUAUGACUUCAGGUUAUGAGAAAAAUGACUGCUAAAUUCUCCAAGGCUUGGAGCAUUUCUUGAAUAUUAAAUAACAGUUACAAAUAAUUGAUGAGUUAAUUGCAAUGUGUUAGGCACACUGAUAUUGAGUUUCACUCCCAGUGUACACUGUUUUAAUGAAGAUACAGGUACAUAUGCUUAUAAAAUACAAUUUGAAUACACAUAAACCUGAAAUAUCAGAAUUACAAACCUGAAGAUGCUUAUGGACACAAAUUGUGAGGAGGGCUAUUAUUAUUUUAAUACUAGUGUAAUAACAGAAUGUUUCACAUUUGAUAUAAAUCAUAAUAGGAAUCAAUUGCAUUUCAAAAAAAUCUGGAUACUCAUUACAAUUUAGAAAACUUCUCAAUUCUAGUUAAUUUUAUAACAGAUGACUUAUCUACUUACUACAAGUUAAAAAGUAAAUUCCAUUAGGUUAUAUGCAAUUAAUUUUCAAAUGGCAUGAAGCAAACCAAAAGAUUUUUUUAGAGAUAAUACAUAAACAGAAAACACUGUUAAUAUGUCUAUUCUAUUACCUUAUGUACCACAGAAAAUGAACUGCAAAGGCAUGAAAAACACUGUUAUCUCCCAAAAUUCAAAGGAAAUUUUUUUCUAGAGAACUGCAAUUUAAAGAGGGCAAAAAGCUCCCUCCUAUUUGCCACAUAUUUAUAUUACUUUAAAUUUUCUUUAUAAGCUGUGGUGUUAGAGUGUCUUUAAAUUUUUCAUGAAAUGUAUUUCUGUAAUUAUUGUAUCCCAUGUGUAUAACAUACUGUCACUUGUUUAACAAUUAUCUUAUACAUU